UCCCGCUAGUCCCUUUCCAUUCAAGGUGCGGCUGAAGAACAGGUGCGUGAAGACCGUGCCGUGAGACUAUAAAGUGAAACAUCAUUGUUGUCUGCUAACUUGUUUUCAGAAAGCUAAGGAAUACGUACAUAGAAAAUAACAGACAAACAACUUCCUCAGCAACAAAGCAAACCCAGCUAAAAACCGUCAGAUUGAGAGUAAGUUAGUGGGGGAUUUGUACCUUCAGAGCAGGUGGACGUCGUCUUUGUUGAUUCGCCUUCGAGUCGUUGAAGAAGAAGUGAAAUGGCCAACGCGGGUCUGCAGAUUUUGGGAUUCGCCCUGGCCCUUUUGGGUGUAAUUGGAUUGAUAAUUGGCACAAUUUUGCCCCAGUGGAAGAUGUCCGCUUAUGUUGGGGACAACAUCAUUACAGCGGUGGCCAUGUACGAAGGACUCUGGAUGUCCUGUGCGUUCCAGAGCACAGGCCAAAUCCAGUGCAAGGUCUACGACUCAAUCCUGCAGCUCAACAGUGCCCUCCAGGCAACUCGCGCUCUCAUGAUUGUGAGUAUUAUCGUAACGGUGGCUGGCUUGGGCGUAGCCUGCAUGGGAAUGAAGUGCACCAACUGUGGAGGAGAUGACAAAACGCGCAAGUCCCGCAUUGCCAUGACUGGUGGCAUUAUCAUCCUGAUUGGAUGUAAGAAGCCAUUUAAUAUUGUUGUUUUGUUUUUUGUUUUUUUUUUGUUGUUUUUUUUUUUGUUUGUUUUUGGAUUCAUAACAGUUUCAGUGAUUAUUCUUCUUUACUUUCCCACAGCUUUGUGUGCCAUUGUUGCUUGCUCUUGGUAUGCUCACGACAUCAUCCAAGCCUUCUACAACCCUUUCACCCCUGUCAAUACCAAGUACGAGUUUGGUUCUGCCAUCUUCAUUGGCUGGGCUGGAGCAUUCCUGGCUGUAAUAGGAGGUGCCAUGCUGGCAGCAUCGUGCCCCAAAAACAAAUCUACACCGAAGUAUCCCAUCUCCAGACCCCCCAGCAGCAAGGAAUAUGUUUGAAUAGGACAGGACUGAAGGAAGGAACACUUUGAAUUGGAUUAGCAUGAAUGUCAGAGAUUAAAACGUUGAAAAGAUGUAUCCCAGGAGGUGACCAGUACCUGUUUUUUAUUUUAUAUUUUAGUUUCUGUAAUGUUACUGUAAUAUUUUUUAACAAAUGCAUUAAAGUUUUAAAUGACGGCUGUUUACUUCUUAAAGAGCCUAUUGGCCUUGCCCUGUCUGGAACUACAGUCAGUACUUACUGAUGUGUAUUCUAUCCACCUAGUAAACCUGUAAAGCUCUAAGUUCAAAUUAAAGUGAGACACUAAUGAUAUUAUAUAACUUGGUAUGUAGAAAACAUCUUUCACAUGCUGCAUGCUCCAGUGUACAGUGCAUUAGAAUGUACAUUGUGUUUGUGAAUGCACUGACUAGAAAUCAGUAAAUGCAGUGGACAACUCUUACACCAUUUGUUACUGUGUAGGUUAAGCAUCUGGCACCUGAGCAGUGAUUUGCUACCAUUAUCUCUACGUAUUUGUGCCUUAUUUAUAUGAACAUGACAAAUCAUUCAGUAACGCUGUACGCUAUUGUUUUUAAUCAAGUGCUGGAGUGAAAUUGUAACUAUAAAUUACAGUAAACUGAUUCCUUUUAACUCAGAUUGCCAAUGUUUUUGCUGACGUACAUAAAGCAUGACAGACGUGAACUAUAUUUGACUUGUCCUAUAAUUAGUUUGUGUGAAUGUGGCUGGCUUAUUGCAUCUGCUUAUUUUUUUUAUUAGUCACAAUAGCUGUUGCACUCUAAAUUAAUUUUUUUUAAAACUAAAUUGUGAUUUUGUGAAGUUUGUGUUGUACAUCAAAUAAAAGUGGACACUUGACUGUU